AUGAGCCCUCUUGCUGCUUCUGCCGCCCAAAAAAGAUUGUUUUCUAGUGCAAUCACUAGAUUCCAACAACAAGCUGGUAAAUCAACCCCAAAGAAGUCAAUCUUGAGAACUACUGGUAAAGUCUUGUGGAGAACUACCUGGAUCUCUGCUUUAUUAGCCUCUUCUUAUGUCGCUUACCAAAUUUAUGAAGAAUCUAAUCCUUCUUAUCAACAUCCUCAAUCUCCAACUUUCCCAAAUGGUCAACCAAAGAAAAACAUUGUUAUCUUGGGUUCAGGUUGGGGUGCUGUUUCUUUAUUGAAAAAUUUGGACACAACUGAAUAUAAUGUCACUAUUGUUUCCCCAAGAAAUUAUUUCUUAUUUACUCCUUUAUUACCUUCUGCUCCAACCGGUACUGUUGAAUCAAAAUCUAUUAUUGAACCAAUUAGAUCAAUCGCAAGAAGAUGUAAAGGUGAAGUUCUCUAUUAUGAAGCUGAAGCUACUAAAGUUGAUCCUGUAACUAAAAAAGUCACUGUUAAAGGCCAAGAUUCCGCUAAAAAUGAUGUUGUUCAAGAUUUAUCCUAUGAUUAUUUAGUUUGUGCAGUUGGUGCUCAACCAAAUACUUUUGGUACUCCAGGUGUUUAUGAAUAUGCUUCAUUCUUGAAAGAAAUCUCUGAUGCUCAAAUCAUUAGACAUAAAGUCUUAGAUUCAAUUGAAAAAGCUAGUGUUUUACCAAAAGAUGAUCCAGAAAGAUCAAGAUUAUUAAGUUUUGUCGUUGUUGGUGGUGGUCCAACCGGUGUUGAAUUUGCUGGUGAAUUGCAAGAUUUUGUUGAUCAAGAUUUAUCAAAAUGGUAUCCUGAAAUUUCCAAAGAGAUUAAGGUUUCAUUAGUUGAAGCUUUACCAAACAUUUUAUCAAUGUUUAAUAAAAAAUUGAUCAAAUAUACUGAAGAUGUCUUUUCUGAGGAAAAUAUCUCUUUGAAAUUACAAACAAUGGUUAAAAAAGUUGAUAGUAAAGUUAUUACAGCUUCAAUUAAAAACGCAGAUGGUACUACUACAAUGGAGGAAAUCCCAUAUGGUGUCUUGGUUUGGGCUACUGGUAAUGGUGGUAGAGAAAUUACAAAAAACAUUGCCGGUCAAUUAGAUGGUCAAACUUUUGCCAACAGAGGUUUAUUAAUUGAUGAAUAUUUAAAAGCAUUGGGUAGUGAUUCAAUCUUUGCCCUUGGUGAUUGUACAUUAUCUAAAAAAUAUGCACCAACUGCUCAAGUUGCCUAUCAAGAAGGUAUUUAUUUAGCCAAAUUAUUUAAAAACUUGGCCAAGAUUGAUUCUUACAAAUAUGAAUUGAAUAACACUGUUGAAGCUUCUGAAAAAGCUAGAGUCUUGUCUAAAAUCGAUAAAGUUUCAAACUUUGAACCUUUCCAAUAUGUCCAUCUUGGUGCUUUAGCUUAUAUCGGUUCUGAAAGAGCUGUUGCUGAUUUAUCUUGGGGUAAUUGGUCUAAAUUAUCAUUAGGUGGUUCCUUAACUUUCUUGUUUUGGAAAUCUGCUUAUGUUGGUAUGUGUUUAAGUUUCAGAAACAGAUGUCUGGUUUGUUUAGAUUGGAUGAAGGUUAGUAUCUUUGGUAGAGAUUCUUCCAAAGAAUAA